CCACUGUCGUUAGCCACGGCGGCGAGAAAGCAAAGGUCUCUGCUGUGUUUAGGAAGUGAGAUUGUGAUAUUGUUGAAAUGAAUUACCUUAGCCUACCAAGCAGCUCGUCUUCUCGGAGGACCUGGAAAUACGAAGUGUUUCUGAGUUUCAGAGGUGAGGAUACUCGCAACAGUUUCACCGAUCAUCUUCAUGCUGCUCUUCAACGAAAAGGUAUAUACACUUUCAAGGAUGAUAAAAGGCUGCAGAGAGGAGAAAGUAUUCGGCCAGAGCUACUGAAAGCGAUUGAACAAUCCCGGAUUUCACUCGUCGUCUUAUCCAAAAGUUUCGCAGAUUCCACAUGGUGCUUGGACGAACUGGCCAAGAUUUGCGAGGCAAUUGGUCAACCGGGAUACACUGUGCUACCAAUUUUCUACCAUGUUGAUCCAUCUGACGUACGAAAGCAGAGGGGCGAUUUCAAACAAGCGUUUGAUAAACAUGAGCGAGGCUCAAGUGAUAAGGUCCCAGGAUGGAAGUCAGCUUUGGAACAAGUAGGCCAGCUCGCCGGUUAUGAUGUAAGGAAUAAAUCAGAGUCGGGUAUUAUUGAUGAAAUCGUUAUGGAUGUGAUCCAUAAACUGAAGCAUAAAUUCUCAAGUCUGGCUGAUGAUCUAGUGGGGAUGCAAUCUCGUGCAGAAGCUUUUGAAAAGCUUCUAAAUCUAGAUUCAUCCGAUGAUAUUCUAUUUGUGGGGAUUUGGGGAAUGCCCGGAGCAGGGAAGACCACUCUUGCUGCAGUUGUAUAUGAUAGAAUCUCCCACAACUUCGAUGCUUCCUGUCUUCUUCUUGAUGUCAGUAAAGAUCGCAAGCGUUCUGGUCUUGUCCGCUUACAACAACAACUUCUUUGUGAAACAGUGGGGAAAGAUCAAGAGGUUUGGGAGGAACACACAGGAACCAAUUUAAUAAGCACUAGGCUUCGCGAAACUAAAACUCUUAUUGUUGUUGAUGGUGUUGACCAUUUCGAUCAGUUGAAGAAAUUGGUUGGGAAGCACGAGUGGUUUGGUCCUGGGAGUAGAAUCAUCAUAACAACUAGAGAUGAUAAAAUCCUUGAGAGGCGUGGAGUGGGUAAAGAUAAAGUUUACAAGGUUGAACUUCUGAAUGAUGAAGAAGCUCUUCAACUUUUUUGUGUUAGAGCCUUCAAAAGUGAUGUUCCUGAUGAUGGAUUUGAAGAGUUGACCCAUAGUUUUCUACAAUAUGCUAAAGCCCUUCCACUGGCAAUCCAAGUGUUAGGUUCCUCUUUGCGUACCCGGAAACAAUCAGAGUGGAAAGCACUAUUAGAUAGAUUGAAAGAAAUUCCCGACAGAGAGAUUAUGAAAGUGCUGGAAACGAGUGUACAUUCACUAGACCAAAGGGACGAGGAUAUAUUUGUAGAUGUUGCUUGUUUCUUCAAGGGUGAAGAUGAGAAAUAUGCCAAAAAAAUUCUAGAUCAUUGUGGAUUUAAUCCCGAGCUUGGAAUCAACAUUCUGUGUGAAAGAUCACUCUUAGUCAUCGUCAAUGGAACACUCCGGAUGCAUGAUUUGCUGCAAGAAGUGGGCUGGAAAAUUGCGAAAGGAGAUUUCCCUCAAGAGCCAGCAAAGUGGAGCAGACUCUGGUUGUACAGAGAUCUUCAAGCUGUUAGGACAGUGAGUAAUGUUUUGAUCAUUCAUCGAGAAGAUGUAGAUGUGAAUGAGAUGCUGCCAUUGAGGGCUGAAGUUUUAUCCCAAAUGAAUUGCCUAAGGCUAAUCAUAUUCCCUUCUAUGAAAUUUUCAGGAAAGCUGAAUAAUCUUUCCAAUGACUUGAGGUUUCUUUCCUGGCAGAAAUUUCCUUUCAGUACUUUACCACCAAGUUUUGAACCAGCUAAACUUGUUGAAUUGGUCCUGAUUGAUAGCAAUAUAAGACUUCUAUGGGAAGGUGUAAAGGCUUUGCCAGAGUUGAAGACCGUUGACCUGCGCGGCUCUAAAAAUCUAAUAAAGACGCCAAACCUUAAAGGAGUGAAAAAUCUUGAGAAGCUAAAUCUUGAAGGAUGUAGUGGAUUAUUGGAGGUUGAUGCAUCUAUUGGAGAUCUCACAAAGCUAACAUUCCUGAAUUUGAAAAGCUGUGAUCGUCUAAUCAGUAUCCCAAACACCAUAUUUCUUUCAACUUCUCUGGAAACUCUGAACCUUCCUGGUUGUUUAAAACUCGCACAACGUUUGAACUUCCAAGGGCCUCGAGGACCCAAUGAGCAAUCUUAGUGAGCUUCUGUAGAAAUAAUGCGUUGCAAGCUUACCUCAGCGAUUCUAGAAGAGGCUCUAUAACUUGCUGGUAUUUUCACUGUAUAUAUAUAGAUUCAUCUAUUCCAUGUUGAACCGCACUCAUGUAAUAAAUACGCAAUAUUGAUGGCUA